UAUCUCCGAUAAAAUUACUUCUGCCUACCAUUUUGCGUUUACAGAAAAUGAAUAAAUUUUGUUGUGAAUUUUCGGUGAUAAGUUUUAACAACUGAAAUUUGUAGAUAGUUUAAGUCGCUCAUUGCGCUAUAUAGAAUACAAUGUCUAACCAUUCACUAGCAUCGAACAGCUCAUGUAACAACUCACUUGAAUCAGUACCAUACAAAACAACUGAUUGUUCAAACUCAGACGUGUCAUUAGUUAUUUCAUCGUCAGCAACAGAAGUUGAGAAAUGCGAGGAUUCUGAGCCUGCACAGCAGGACUGUAGUGGCUCAAAUGCACAGACAGAUGAAGGAGAGGCCUCGCGAAUUAAUCGGGAAGUAAAUUUGCUUUUUAAGCGAAAAAUUGAAAGUUUGGAUGAUGCUCAGGAUCCCGAUCACAGCAAACGCAAUACGGCAUACAAGGAGUGGGUAGUAAUGCUAUUAAAAAUGAACGACGCCAUUGUUCGAAAUUCCGAAUUGCUCGAAACUCGAGUCUAUCAGCGUAUAUGUCAAGAGCAAGAAGGUGGGAGCAAGCACGGUAAACGUCGUAAAAGUUGUGUUGAACAGCUGAAGUGUGAUUUAGAUAAGAUAAAAAUUAUGAUAAGGAAUGCGCAUUCAGAUGAUGAUUGGAAUUUUUUUAACGUGGAAUUCGAUGCCGUACAUAAGGCACAAUUUAUAGCUAAAGUUUGUGGAACAGAAGAGAACAAUGAGCCUCCGGAAUCUGAGGAUAAAACGGAAAAUGCAGAGACAUGCAACGACGAUGAACCUGAGAAUCCUUUUUUAAUAGAUUUCAGUAGCUUUAAGGAAUGCUUCAAAACGAAAAAUCCUUUCAGGACAGAUGGAUCGGAAGUAGGUUCUGUCAUAUCUCUAAAAACUUUUGAAGACUUUAUAGCUAAAAUAGAAUCAUGUUGUAAAGAAAAAGAAGAAGAAGAAGAAGAUAUUGAAAUGGGAAAUGCAGUAACAUGCAACGAAAAAGAAUUGGAGACAAACGAUCCGAUUGAAGAAUGCAACGCAAGUGAGGAGGAUGAUGAUGUAUCGGAACAAAAUUCUUCCACAAGUUUUGAGAGUUUUGACGACUGUUUUAUUCCAAACAUUUGCGACUGUUGUGAAACACAAGAUGCUAAAGUACGCUCAAAUCUACAAGUUAAAAAAGAUAAGAAUGUUUCCAAAACUUAUAAUAGUUCAUCUGAAUGUUGUGAAGGUUAUGAUUGGUGUUGUAAAAUGCAAAAUGCUCUAGAACGCCCAAAUAUUGAAGGUGGACAAGAGGAGGAUAUUUCCAGUACUUACAGUACAUGUGAAAAUUCCGAACUAGAACCAUAUUCUUCUACUAAUUUUAAUAAUACUGAAGAAGCUCGUAAUAUAUUAAAUGCCAGAAUAUAUCCAAAUAGUAGGGGUAGACAGAACGAUGAUACUUCAAACACUUAUGAUAAUUCAUGUGAAUAUUUUGAACUAGAACCACAUAAUUCUACAAAUUUCAAUAAUACUGAAGAAGCUCGUAAUAUACUAAAUGCCAGAAUAUAUCCAAAUAAUUGGGGUGGACAGAACAAUGAUACUUCGAACAUUUAUGAUAAGUCAUGUGAAUAUUUUGAACUAGAACCAAAUAAUUCUACAAAUUUCAAUAAUACUGAAGAGGCUCGUAAUAUACUAAAUGCCAGAAUAUAUCCAAAUAAUUGGGGUGAACACGACGAUGAUACUUCCAACACUAAUAAUAAUUCAUGUGAACAUUCCGAACUAGAACAGUAUUCUUCUACUAAUUUUAAUAAUACUGAAGAAGCUCGUAAUAUACUAAAUGCCAGAAUAUAUCCAAAUAAUUGGGGUGAACACGACCAUGAUACUUCCAACACUAAUAAUAAUUCAUGUGAACAUUCCGAACUAGAACAGUAUUCUUCUACUAAUUUUAAUAAUACUGAAGAAGCUCGUAAUAUACUAAAUGCCAGAAUAUAUCCAAAUAAUUGGGGUGAACACGACCAUGAUACUUCCAACACUAAUAAUAAUUCAUGUGAACAUUCCGAACUAGAACAGUAUUCUUCUACUAAUUUUAAUAAUACUGAAGAAGCUCGUAAUAUACUAAAUGCCAGAAUAUACCCAAAAAAUAGGGGUGGACAGCAAGAUGAUACUUCCAACAGUAGUGAAAGCUCAUGUAAAUAUUAUGAAGCAAAUGAAUUAUCUUCCACAAAUUUCAAUAAUACUGAAGAAUCUCGUAAUAUACUAAAUGCCAGAAUAUACCCAAAUAAUAGGGGUGGACACAACGAUGAUACUUCCAACACUAAUGAUAGUUCAUGUGGAUAUUAUGAAGCAAAUGAAUUAUCUUCCACAAAUUUCAAUAAUACUGAAGAAGCUCGUAAUAUACUAAAUGCCAGAAUAUACCCAAAUAAUUGGGGUGAACACGACGAUGAUACUUCCAACACUAAUGAUAGUUCAUGUGGAUAUUAUGAAGCAAAUGAAUUAUCUUCCACAAAUUUCAAUAAUACUGAAGAAGCUCGUAAUAUACUAAAUGCCAGAAUAUACCCAAAUAAUAGGAGUCGGCAGAACAAUGAUACUUCCAACACUAAUGAUAGUUCAUGUGAACAUUCCGAACUAGAACAGUAUUCUUCUACUAAUUUCAAUAAUACUGAAGAAGCUCGUAAUAUACUAAAUGCCAGAAUAUAUCCAAAUAAUUGGGGUGAACACGACGAUGAUACUUUCAACACUAAUGAUAGUUCAUGUGAACAUUCUGAACUAGAACAGUAUUCUUCUACUAAUUUCAAUAAUACUGAAGAAGCUCGUAAUAUAUUAAAUGCCAGAAUAUAUCCAAAUAAUAGGGGUAGACAGAACGAUGAUACUUCGAACACUUAUAAUAAUUCAUGUGAAUAUUCCGAACUAGAACCACAUAAAUCUACAAAUUUCAAUAAUACUGAAGAAGCUCGUAAUAUACUAAAUGCCAGAAUAUAUCCAAAUAAUAGGGGUGAACAUAACGAUGAUACUUCCAACACUUAUGAUAGUUCAUGUGAAUAUUAUGAAGCAAAUGAAUUAUCUUCCACAAAUUUCAAUAAUACUGAAGAAUCUCGUAAUAUACUAAAUGCCAGAAUAUACCCAAAUAAUAGGGGUGGACAGAAAGAUGAUACUUCGAACACUUAUGAUAGUUCAUGUGAAUAUUAUGAAGCUAAUGAAUUAUCUUCCACAAAUUUCAAUAAUACUGAAGAAGCUCGUAAUAUACUAAAUGCCAGAAUAUACCCAAAUAAUAGGGGUGAACAGAAAGAUGAUACUUCCAAUACUAAUGAUAGUUCAUGUGAAUAUUAUGAAGCAAAUGAAUUAUCUUCCACAAAUUUCAAUAAUACUGAAGAAUCUCGUAAUAUACUAAAUGCCAGAAUAUAUCCAAAUAAUUGGGGUGAACACGACGAUGAUACUUCCAACACUAAUGAUAGUUCAUGUGAACAUUCCGAACUAGAACAGUAUUCUUCUACUAAUUUCAAUAAUACUGAAGAAGCUCGUAAUAUACUAAAUGCCAGAAUAUAUCCAAAUAAUAGGAGUAGACAGAACGAUGAUACUUCGAACACUUAUAAUAAUUCAUGUGAAUAUUUUGAACUAGAACCACAUAAAUCUACAAAUUUCAAUAAUACUGAAGAAGCUCGUAAUAUACUAAAUGCCAGAAUAUAUCCAAAUAAUAGGGGUGAACAUAACGAUGAUACUUCCAACACUUAUGAUAAUUCAUGUGAACAUUAUGAAGCAAAUGAAUUAUCUUCCACAAAUUUCAAUAAUACUGAAGAAGCUCGUAAUAUACUAAAUGCCAGAAUAUACCCAAAUAAUAGGGGUGGACAGAAAGAUGAUACUUCGAACACUUACGAUAGUUCAUGUGAAUAUUAUGAAGCAAAUGAAUUAUCUUCCACAAAUUUCAAUAAUACUGAAGAAGCUCGUAAUAUACUAAAUGCCAGAAUAUACCCAAAUAAUAGGGGUGGACAGAAAGAUGAUACUUCCAAUACUAAUGAUAGUUCAUGUGAAUAUUAUGAAGCAAAUGAAUUAUCUUCCACAAAUUUCAAUAAUACUGAAGAAGCUCGUAAUAUACUAAAUGCCAGAAUAUACCCAAAAAAUAGGGGUGGACAGCAAGAUGAUACUUCCAACAGUAGUGAAAGUUCAUGUAAAUAUUAUGAAGCAAAUGAAUUAUCUUCCACAAGUUUCAAUAAUACUGAAGAAGUUCGUAAUAUACUAAAUGCCAGAAUAUAUCCAAAUAAUUGGGGUGAACACAACGAUGAUACUUCGAACACUUAUGACAGUUCCUGUGAACAUUAUGAAGCAAAUGAAUUAUCUUCCACAAAUUUCAAUAAUACUGAAGAAGCUCGUAAUAUACUAAAUGCCAGAAUAUAUCCAAAUAAUAGGGAUGGACAGAACGAUGAUACUUCCACUACUAAUGAUAGUUCAUGUGAAUAUUAUGAACUAGAACCACAUAAAUCUACAAAUUUCAAUAAUACUGAAGAAGCUCGUAAUUUACUAAAUGCCAGAAUAUACCCAAAAAAUAGGGGUGGACAGCAAGAUGAUACUUCCAACAGUAGUGAUAGUUCAUGUGAAGAUUCUGAAGCAAAGGAUUUAUCUUCCACAAAUUUCAAUAAUACUGAAGAAUCUCGUAAUAUACUAAAUGCCAGAAUAUACCCAAAUAGUAGUGGUGGACAGAAGGAGCGUUCUUCGAAAGCAUAUGGUUCACGUGACUGUUCGGAAUCUGAGCAAUAUUUUUCUUUGAUCUCCAGAAAUUCAGAAGAAUGUUGUAAAAUACAAAAUACGGAAGUGUGUGACAACGACAGACGAACUUCUACAAGUUUUGAUGAAUUAAAGGAAUGUUUUGAACCAGAAGAAUAUUCUAUUAAUUUUAAUGAUUUAAAAGAAUAUUUUGAAAAGCAAAUUGCGAACGCGUGCACAUGUGGUAAAUAUAAACGGGCUUCUAAAGAAGAUAAAAAUUUGAAAGAAUGUACUAACUCAUAUACCCGAAUAUGCCCUGGUGAUACGGACAGCCAGAAUUCUACAAGUUUCGAUAAAUUAAGAGAAUGUUCUCAAACGGAGGAUUGCUCUUCCACAAAUUUUAAUGAUAUGAAAGAGUAUUUUGAAUUACAAAAUGCCCUACUAAGCUCAUGCAAUAGCAAUAAACGAACUUCCAAAGCAUCCAAUAAUUCUGAAGAAUGUCUUGAAACAUGCUCAAGUGUUUCUACAAAUGUCAGUAAUUUAAAAGAAUGUUCGAAAAUGGAGGACGUCCUUACACGUCCAAGUGAUAGUGAUAGCCAAGACGAGCAAGAUUGUACUCAAUUCGAAGAAUAUUCAUUUGAAAAUUUCAACGAUUUGCGUGAAUGGUUUAAAAUGCAAAAUGCUCAAGUAACCCCAAAUAGUUCUUCCAAAACUUUCAAUAGUUCAAGUGAAUUCCUGCAACCAGAGAAAUUUUCUGCUGCAAAAUUUAGUGAAAGUUUUGAAAUGGAAACUCCUGAAUCCUGUAAAGAAGAUAUAGAAUACACUUAUAUGGAAGGUGUUGUAAUAGACUAUAAGAAUGAAGAAUGCACUCAGAUGGAAGCAAUGAGAAAAUGUGCUGAGGAAAUGGAAAAAAAGGAUAUAUGUAGCAAAUUGGAAUUCUUUCGUCAAUUUCUAAUAUACCUAAAUACUGCAGAUUCUGUAAAUAUUCCUUUAGACGAAUGGAACCUUGUAUCAUUGGAAGAUACAACAUAUGACCACGACAUUCAAAUAAUAGACUGCGUUAAAGCAAGAUUCAAGGGAAUGUGUGAUUCAAUAAUGGAUCUGCAUUCAAAUGUGGAACAACUGGAAAAUGAACGGGAUGAACUCUGUGAUAUCUUGGAUAUGGAAAAACAGAAUUCUCAAUGGUGUAUUGAAACUCUUCAAGAUUUGGCCUGUAUUCUAAGACGCUUGUGUGAUGAAGAUCUUUCGUCUGAAGACCUACACAUGUCUAAAAAAUCUAAUAAUAACGAAAACCCUUUUCUUGAUACUGUUAUUAAUAUCGUAGAAAAAUAUGAGAAAAGGUGCGAAAAACUUGGGCUUUGUUUAAAAAAUGCUGAUAACAAAUUAAAAAUGUUGGAAGAUAUGAUCACGAAAAUAAAUACCGGAGGAAAAGGAAAAGGACAAGAAGCGUUAAUCCAGAAAACAAGUAAGAAAAUGCAAUGUACUAUAAAUCAAUUACGUACAUUGGUAAAUGAAAAGGAGGAACGAAUUCAGUAUUUAAAUAAUACUAUUCAGAAACUUUCGGACGCUGAAAAAGAAAAAAUCAAAAAAACCGCAGAGUCCCCAUAUGAUGACAAAGAGUACUGGUGUGCUCAAUUGGCUAAGGCAAAUGCAGAAAUACUUUGCUUGCGGAGUUCUUUGGAGUGUGCAGAAAAUCAGGAACAUUUGCAUGCUUCACAAACCAAUAACCUUAACUUGGAGUUACUAGAGCUCAGACGUAAGAAUGGGGAGCUGAUAGUUUAUUUACGCAAAUUAAAUGGUUUAUUGCGCAACCAAGAAGCUUGUCGUGUAGGUUUGGUGCAAAAAUUUAAAAAUAUAGAAGAAAAUUAUGAAGAUCAGUCGAAGUGUCUGUCUUCAGCUAACUCACAAAUGAAAUUCCUUCAGGAUCAGUUGACCAAAUUUGAAAAGGUAGUGGAGGAAAAUCAAAUGGAGCGAGCGCUAUUGCGUGAAGAAGUUAUGGGACUUAAAGAAAGAGAAGCAGAAUUACUGGGUAAAAACAGGUGUAUAGAAACUCAAUAUAGUAAAUUGGAACAGGAUCUAAAUAAAGCGCAUGCUAUCAUCAAGAAGCAACAAACAACUAUACAGCACAACGAUAAUUCACAUGAUGAUCUCAUUAAACAAUUGCAGAAAAGUAAUGAAGAAGCUGAAACGAGCUUGAACUGCCUAACUGAAGAAAACAAAAACCUCAAGCAGGAAAACAUGAAAUGCAAUGAAAUUAAUGAGCACAACAAGAAAAUGAUUGACUCUUUUCGAAAAUGGAAAGAAUCUCAAUUGGAGGCAGAUAACAAUACUCAAAUGAGCUUUGCCCACUAUGAUGCGCACAUAAAAUUGCUCUUGGAAGACAGGCAGGACUACAUGGAGAAAUACACAAUCUUGAAGCAAGACUUCCAUAUGCUAAAAGAUGAACUGGAUCGUUUACGAUGUUUUAAAAAUUGUAUACCAGAACAAGCGGAUAAUGUGCAAAUCAAUCGUCGUACAGACGUUGUCCGUCACACUUCUCAAAAGGUUUCUGAUCAAUGUAAUCAAUUAGAGCGUGCAAAACGUCGUAGCAGAUCUAAUAAGCUCUAAGCUUGGUUCAACACUAGGAGUAUUGAAACACCACUUUAUUUUUGACAAAUUUAUGAAAUCCAACAAAACAAAAACAACCAUUAAUAUAUUUGCUAAAUGUUUUAUAAUAGAAAAUGAAGUGUAUGCCUCCAUUCAAUUAAUCAUUCAAUCAUUAUCAAUCAUUUUUUAUUCACUGUCAUAUUAUCAAA